UACUAUUGUUUUUCAGUGUGCAGUAGAGAUUUUGAAUCAGAAAAGACUAGAAGAAUGUUUCAACAGGGCAUUGCGGAUGAGUUGGUGUUCUUUGUAAAUGGGCGUAAGGUCAGGGAACAGAAUGCAGACCCAGAGAUGAUGUUGUUGUCCUAUCUCAGGAAGACACUCAGGCUAACAGGAACUAAAUAUGGCUGUGGUGGAGGAGGCUGUGGAGCGUGCACUGUGAUGAUUUCUAAAUAUAACGCCCAAGAAAAGAAGAUUCUCCAUUUCUCUGUUAAUGCUUGCCUGACUCCUAUCUGUAUGCUUCAUGGUGCUGCAGUGACCACUGUGGAGGGUAUUGGCAGCACCAGAACCAGCAUCCACCCAGUGCAGGAGCGCAUUGCCAAGGCACAUGGCUCUCAGUGUGGGUUCUGCACUCCAGGAAUGGUCAUGUCCAUGUACACCUUGCUGAGGAACAAUCCAACACCUAGCACUGUACAGUUACAGCAGUGUCUCGCAGGAAACCUGUGUCGUUGUACUGGAUAUAGGCCAAUUGUUGAUGCUUUCAGAACUUUCUGUACGGCACAAACUUGCCCUCAAACCCCAGCAAACGUUGAAUUUUGUUACCACAAGGAUAUUCUAGGCCAGAGUGGAUGAAGCAUAUUGCUGUUCAAAACAGAUGAUCUACUUCCACUGGAUGAAACACAGGAGUUGAUAUUCCCACCAGAGUUAAUGCUAAUGGAAGAGAGGCGGGAGAAGAGAAUGCUUGUGUUCCGUGGAGAGAGAAUGAUGUGGAUUAUUCCAGCAAAUCUGGAGGAACUUCUUGAAUUGAAAAGCCAGUAUCCCAAAGCUCCCCUUCUAGUGGGAAACACCAACAUUGGUCCUAAUAUGAAGUUCAAAGGUGCCUUUUACCCAGUGGUUAUCCAUCCUGCCAAUGUUUCUGAGCUCCACUCUGUACAGUUCACAGAAGAGGGUCUAAGACUUGGUGCUGCUUGCAGUCUAGGCCAUGUGAAGAACAUCUUGGAAAAAGCCACUGCAGAGAUCACAUCAGAGAAAACUGAAAUCUUCCGAGCACUUGUAGAACAGCUCUGUGUUUUGGGUGGAGAACAGAUUCGAAAUAUGGCGUCACUUGGAGGUAACAUUGUGAGUGGAGCCCCCACAUCUGAUCUGAAUCCCAUUCUAGCAGCAAGCAAAUGUGUCCUCGAAUUGGCAUCAAAAGGAAGAAGAGAAAUCCAUUUAGAUGAAAAUUUCUUCAUUGGUUUUGCUAAAACAUCACUGAGGCCAGAAGAAUUAUUGCUGUCAGUCUUCAUACCGUAUUCCAGAAAGUGGCAGUUUGUGUUGGCAUUUCGCCAGGCCCCCCGUCGGCAAAAUGCCUUCUCCACGGUGAAUGCAGGAAUGCAGGUCGUAUUCAAAGAUGAGACGAAUGUCAUUGCUGACCUGAGGAUGUUCUUCGGAGGAGUGGGCCCCACCACCUUAUUUGCAAAGAGAUGCAGCAAGGAGCUAACUGACCGAUCCUGGGAUGAGAAUCUGCUGCGUCAGGCCUGUGAGUUGCUGCUUGAUGACAUUUCACUCCCUGACUCAGCACCUGGUGGGAGUGUGCGGUUCCGCAGGACAUUGACCAUCAGUUUCUUCUACAAGUUCUACCUACAAGUGUGGCAGAGAUUGCAGCAACUGUUGGGCAAGGAGAAAGUUUUUUCAAAUCAGUUUUCUGGAGAUGGAGUCGGGCAGCCAGUGAUGCACCUUUCUGCGAUCAAGCACGCAACUGGAGAGGCUGUUUACUGUGAUGAUAUACCGAGGCAGGAUGGGGAGCUGUUUUUGGCAUUAGUCACCAGCACACAAGCUCAUGCAAAGAUUGUGUCAAUUGAUGCAUCAAAAGCACUGCAGCUCCCUGGAGUUUUUGAUAUCAUCACAACUCAGGAUAUCCCAGGGAAGAACAUUGGCAUGAAUGAGAUUCUGUGUGAAAGUGAGGUAACCUGUGUGGGACAUAUUAUCUGUGGAAUCGUUGCAGACAACCAGCGACAUGCCAAGAUGGCAGCUGCAGCCGUGAAGAUAACGUAUGAAGAUCUGGAACCCCUUAUCCUCACAUUGGAGGAUGCAAUUCAGCAUAAUUCCUUUUAUGCCCACUUCAAACUGGAGAAUGGAAAUGUUGAUGCAGCAUUUGAAAAAGCUGACCAACGAGUAGAAGGACAAAUCCAUAUUGGAGGACAGGAGCAUUUCUACAUGGAAACACAUUGUGCUCUCGUCGUUCCCAAAAACGAGGAUAGAGAAGUUGAAGUUGUUUGCUCAACUCAGUAUACGACAUUUACCCAGACACUAGUCGCAGAGGCACUGGGGAUUCCAUACAAUCGAGUCAAAGUCCGUGUCAAAAGGAUUGGUGGUUCCUUUGGUGGAAAGAUUACGAAAGCCUCCAGAAUAGCUGCAAUUGCAGCAGUGGCAGCUCACAAGACAGGCCGUUCAGUACGUUGCAUUUUGGAGAGAGGAGAAGACAUGCUCAUCAGUGGAGGUCGCCAUCCCACCCUUGGCAGAUACAAGGUCGGCUACAUGAGUGAUGGCAGAAUAAUCGCUGUAGAAGUGACCUGUUACACCAAUGGAGGCAAUGAAUUGGAUUGUUCCUUAAUAGUUAUGCAGCAAAUACUCUCAAUGCUGGAUAGUGGCUACCAUAUUCCAAAUGUCCGCCUGACUGGCUUCGUUUGCAAGACUAAUUUGCCAUCCAACACUGCAUUUCGUGCAUUUGGACAGCCACAGGCAAUUGCCAUUACUGAAAGCUGGAUCACAGAUGUGGCUACUAAAUGUGGACUUUCAGCCGAAAAGGUUCGUGAAAUGAACCUGUACAGAGGAGAGGAGGCCUGCACACCUUACAAACAAAUAUUUGACUCACGUAAUCAACUGAACUGUUGGAAUGAAUGCCUACAAAUGGCUUCCUAUCACAAUAGAAAGAUUUCUGUUGAAGAAUUCAACAAACUCAAUUGCUGGAAGAAAAGAGGCAUUUCUAUUGUCCCCCUGAGAAAGGGUGUUGGCUUUUCAGAACCUAUCUUCAACCAGGCUGGAGCUUUGCUCCAUGUUUAUGAGGAUGGAUCUGUUUUGUUGACCCAUGGUGGCAUAGAGCUGGGACAAGGCCUUCACACUAAGAUUCUUCAGAUUGCCAGCCAUGAGUUGAAGAUUCCAAUGUCUGCUAUCCACCUGAGUGAAACCUCCACUGAAAUGGUGCCCAACACCACCCCUACUGCAGCUUCCUUCAGCACUGAUCUCAAUGGCAUGGCUGUGAAGGAUGCUUGUCAAAAUCUUUUGCAGCGACUGCAACCUUUCAUGGAUGAAAAUCCAAAAGGAACCUGGAAUGACUGGGUGAAAGAAGCUUUGAAAAACAAGGUCAGCUUAUCAACAACUGGUUUCUUUAAGGGUGAGGAUGUGAGCAUCGACUGGGAAAAAGGUGAAGGAUCCACAGCCAGCUACUUUGUUUUUGGAGCAGCUUGUUCUGAGGUGGAGAUUGACUGUCUGACAGGAGACCAUAAGAAUAUCAGGACAGACAUUUUGAUUGAUGCAGGACAAAGCAUAAACCCGGCUGUGGAUAUUGGACAGAUUGAAGGUGCUUUUACCCAAGGACUUGGGCUUUUCACCAUGGAAGAGCUGAAAUAUUCUCCGAAAGGGGUGCUUUACACUCGUGGACCAACCCAAUACAAGAUCCCUGCAGUUUGUGACAUUCCAGAACAGCUCAAUGUGUCAUUGUUACCACGGUCACAAAAUCCCAAAGCCAUCUACUCUUCCAAAGGGAUCAGUGAAGCAGCUGUGCUUGCUGGCUGCUCUGUGCUUUAUGCCAUUAAGGAUGCAAUUGCAGCAGCAAGAGAAGAGAUCGGUUUAACAGGGAGUUUCACUUUGAACAGUCCUUCCACCCCUGAGCGAAUUCGCAUGGCGUGCAUUGAUCAGUUCACUGAGAUGGUUCCAGACUGUGUGCCUGAAUCCAUUCCAUGGGCCAUUGUUGUGUGA